CGGGAGACCUCCAGAUCCUGCUGACUGGGCUGUUACCGAUGUUGUGAAUUAUUUCAGAACAGCUGGAUUUGAAGAACAAGCCAGUGCUUUUCAAGAACAGGAAGUGUCAGUGAGCAUGUUGAGAUAGCUACAUCACUGUAUCCAGAACAAAAGGGAGAAAUAUUUACCAAGAAGUAGGGGAAAUUGCCAGUUUUUUUUCCUCACCGUUUCGGCACUGCUCAGCUUCGCAAAAGCGGAUCCCAUCAGGAACGCAUAUGAAUGAGUGGAUGUGAGGAACACCAUUCUGCAAUUUAGAGUAGACAUAGCCUACUCGGUGCUCGUCCUGCGCAGCCGAGAAACCAAAAUGCCCGCAGGAUCUGCAUGGUGCCACCCUGCUUUGCUCUUGCUUCUCUCCUUCGUGCCCCUGUGGGCAGCUGAGAUUUCCUGCAGGAAUGAAGAUGGGGAGAUAGUCGACUGGUUUGCUCUUUACAAGUUACCAAAACAUGCCAAAGGAGAGAUUCCCAUGCUGGGACUGGAAUACAUGUACAUGGAUGCCCUGGCUCCACAGUGGCAGCUUGGCAAAUACCUCAUUAACAUGACACAGGGUGCUCUGGGACGAACACUGAAGCAGCUGUAUGAGACAUAUGAAUCCAAGAGGAACACCAUUGCCUAUGCGAUAUACAACGAUGAGAUCCCUGAAUCAGACUCCAAAGGGUGGAAAAGUGGACACACCAAAGGAUUUCUGCUCUUGGACAAAUCACAAGGCUUCUGGGUAAUACACAGUGUGCCUCUGUUCCCUCCCAUCCCUGAGGAUGGUUACGGGUAUCCAGCUACUGGGGAGUCCUUUGGACAGACAGCCAUCUGUAUAACCUUCAAAUAUGACCAGUUCACUGAAAUAGACCAGCAGAUGCUGAGUUAUAAUCCAGGAAUCUACAGUUGUUCCAUCCCUAACAUCUUCCAAGCUGAUCUCCCAAAUCUGCUGAAGCUCUGUGCAAAGUCCAGGCUGCCCGUGGUCCCCUUGCGCCACCUCACCAAGCUCCAGUCAGCUCAUGGGGAAACCUUUCUCCACUUUGCGAAGUCACACUCAUUCAUAGAUGAUAUCUAUGUGGCCUGGAUAGCUCAGGAACUGAAGACCGAUUUGUUGGCUGAAUCCUGGCAGCGUUCUGGCCAAAAACUUUACUCAAAUUGCUCUCUCGAUUACCAUGUCUACAACAUAAACCUAAUAGGGAUGCCAUUGAAUUCCACCUUUCAUUCCAUUAACGAUCAUUCCAAGUGGGCUGUUUCAAGGAAAUACGAAGAUCAGUGGACCUGCAUCGGAGACUUAAACCGUGCUGCCGAGCAAGCCUGGAGAAGUGGUGGGUUCAUCUGCACACAGAAUGAACACAUCUACAGUGCCUUCAGGCACCUGAUAAUCCACUACGAAAGCUGCACUGAUGCCUCCACAGGGAUAUAACAGACCAUGCCUUGCAACCAGCACAGCCCUUAUCACAUAGAAAGUGUGUGAAAUAUCUGCCUUAAAAUCUAUUUCCUCUCUGAAAAACGG